AUGGGGAUACGAAAGGAGUUACAACCAAGAGAAGAUGAUAAUGAUAGUGUGAGUUUGGCCCAAGCUUGUUUCUACAUGAAACCAGAACAGAAAAAUUUGUUUUGCACCGUUAUGAAAAAUGCCAAGUUACCAAAAGGGGUGUGCUUCGAAUAUUUCAAAUCACGUGCAAGUGAAGGAGAUGAAAAUAUCAGGGUUGCUAUUAGAAAGGCGUUGCCCAAGAACGUCUCGUUGGCCUUGAUUAGGUUGGGCAAUUUCUUUAGAUCCAUAUGUAGUAAGGUCAAAAGGCGAAGAGAUCUUGAAAAAAUGCAGUCUGAAAUUGUUGAAAUAACUUGUGAGCUUGGAAAGAUUUUUCAUCCAACAUUUUUUGACAUAAUGCCGCAUUUGCUUAUUCAUUUGGUGAAUGAAAUUAAGCUUGGGGGUCCGGCUCAUCUUCGUUGGAUGUAUUCUAUUGAGAGGAACCUAUGUAUGUACAAGGCAUUUGUUCGUAAUCGAUCUUGUCCAGAAGCAUCAAUAGCAGAGGGAUUUUUGGCGGAAGAGUGCUUGAAUAUUUGUUCGAGAUACCUACAUGAUGGCGUGAAGACAAGAUUCAGUAGAUACACAACAGUGGAUGAUGAGUGCCCUCAAAAUUUGUCACCUAUAUUCCCUAUGAUAGGACAUCCAAUUGGAAGUAAGAAGAAAAAUACUUUUCUCAUGGAUCCACAGUUAUGUUAUGAAGCCCAUCGGUAUGCUCUGUUCAAUACUAGCGAUGAACAAGUGGAAAAGUUUAUCGAGGAACAUAAGAAUUUAAUUGGUAGUCACAGUAGAUCAAAUGCAUGGGAAAGGGCAAGGAAGCAUAGUCAGGAAUUCAACAAUUGGUUUGCAAAAAAAGUUAAAAAUAUUGAAGAACCCGAUUAUUUAAGAUGGCUAGCUAAAGGGCCUAAUACGAUCGCCAAAAGAUAUACUGCAUAUUUUAUGAAUGGAUACCGAUUUCAUACCAUAGAACGGGAUUCCCGAUGCAAGAGUCAAAAUAGUGGAGUGACUUUAUCGGCAACAACCGAUAGCUUUGCUAGCUCUAGGGACCAAAAUCCCAUCGAUGGUGAGGUUAUCUAUUAUGGAGCUAUUCAGGAUAUCAUUAAGAUUGAUUAUUGGGGUUGUUUUAGCGUUGUACUAUUUAGAUGUGAUUGGUUUCGUAACGAAAUAAAUGAAUAUGGAUUAACUCGUGUAUACUUUAACAAAUUAUGUAGUAUAGAUGACCCUUUUGUGUUGGCAUCACAAGUUUAUCAAGUUUUUUAUGUGGAGGAUCCAGUUGAGAAAGAUGUUUAUUAUGCAAGGAAUAAAGUUCCUAUUGAUUUGUAUUAUUUAGAGGAAGAGAAUUGCCCUAAUAUUGAAGACGCAUUUUGGAGAGAGCCUAAUGAUCACAUUGGUCCCUUAAGUGGAUUAGUUGAUGCUGACGUUAGAUGGUCUAGAGACGACGUACCGGUUGAUGUCGUUGAUAAUCCAUCUAAUGCACAACAUUCAAAUGAUACAAUUAUAGAAACAUCGGAAGAGGAGGAUGAGUUUGACGAUACUGAUUGGGACUGGAUGGAAUCAGAUGAUUAA